CAAAGCAACCCAAGGCCAAAACCGGAACCCAUGAUGAUCCGCAGCGCAAUUUUGCAGUGACAUGAGUCAACGAGGAGAGUCGUCUCGUCGGUCGUCGCAAUCAAGCAAAGCAGAGGACAGGAAAGGGAGGAGGAGGCAAGGACGGUUACGAUUGCGAUCACGAUCCAUGAUAAGAGGAGAGAAACGGGCCCGUGCGGCGUGCGCCCACCCAACCCAACAACUCCAAAUCCCGAAGCCCCCACAGCGCAGGCGUAUAGGCGACGCGGGCAGGGCAGGGCAGGGCCGGACCGACCGGAGGCGGGCAGUUGGCGGGGGCGCUCUGCGUGCGCAGGGAGAUGUGCGAGGGGAGGCGGCCGGCGGACGCGAGUCGGGCGAGGUGGGCGGCGGCGGCGGAGCUGCGGCGGAGGGAGGCGGCGGCCGACGCGCAGCUGGCGGCGGCGCGGGCGCGCCUGGCGGAGGCGCUGGCGGAGCUGGAGCGGGCGCGGGCGCGCGCCGCCGAGCUGCAGCGGCGCCUGGAGCAGACCUACGGCAAACGCCGGCGACUCGUCGAGGAGGCCCAAGGCCGGAUCCACGAGAUCCGCGCGCGCCUCCGCCACCACCAGGACCAGGACCGGGAUCGGGAGCACGAGCAGGAGCAGCAGCAGCCCCCCGCGGGCGGCACUCCGUCCUCGUCCUCGUAGGGAGACAGGGACAAGAAAGUUGGCGUUGGAUGAUCGGUGGUGCCAGCUGCUACUUCUCGCCUCUUCCCCAUUGCCUGUUCUUAUUAGCUUGCCAUCUUGGCUACAUGUACUGUAGUGCUCGUAUAUACACAUACGAGUGUCUCUGACCUACAGAGCGUCAGAAAGCUGCUAAUUGGAUUGAGAGUUAGUUUCUAGAAACAUUCUGAAUGCCACAGCAGAUUAAUAAGAUCAGCCUACUCUGCGUUC